AUGAGCCGAGACCACAGUGAUGGCAACUGGUCCGAAUCGCUGCCACCUGCUGAGUCUCCCUUUGAGCUCGACCAUGAGUACGAUUUGGAUGGCUCUCCAGACUCGAACGACUGUGGUGUAUCGCUGAAGCCCACGAUGUGCGGCGGGUCCAGCACCACCGGAAGCUUCUCUCGAAGAAGCUCCCAGCCUCGAGAGGGCAGUCACUCCUACCUGGGCUCGCAUACGCAUACUCAUAGCCCCAUCCACAUGCAAACUUCGCAGGAUUGGUUUCCCUACACGCAUUUUCUUCAGGAAUCGAACCUGCCGUCCAGUUUGUCGUUGGCAGGACUGCUAUUCACACCGUUUGAAUCAGCACAGCAGUACUUGACAGAAGAGUCCCUACUGCCAAACCAAAUUGCCCAAUUUUACAAACGUAGGUCCGUGCCACAACCUGCGUAUUUCGAGGUAGAUCCUCUCGAUUUGCAUCGGGAAGAUCCCAGCAUUGUAGAUCCCAGCAUUGCAAAUCCCGGCUUUGCAAAGCCUAGCUUUGGCAAUCAGCAAUUCCUCUCGCACCAGGGAACCGAGUUUAAUUUAGAAGCCCAGGAAUCUUUUCCCCUGGGGCCUUUGAGCCAUGCGACUUUCAAGAACGAACGUCAGCACUCACAGCAUGACCGUGGUGUUCACCGCACCCUUUCGCAUAUGCGUCAGGAACACGACGCAUUCUUCAGUUCCUCAUUGAACCUGGUUUUACCUCCAGACGCAGCUCUUUCGUCUCGCCCAAGGCUCUUUCGAGGCUCUGACAGCUACGCAUUGAUCCCCACAGCACGGAUUCCCGCUCAUUUACAGUGGCAACAUACCCAACCCCGGCGCCACUCAGCUCCACAGCCAUCAGAGAGGCAAACCAGCCCACAGCCCCAUCGCAUCUCGAGGAGACAGUGUCCGAUCUGUCGCAAAAUUUUUUCGAGCUUCACUGCCUUGCAGGCUCACGCCCUAGUACAUUCUGGUCAGAGGCCGUAUCAAUGCCCGCAUCCUGAUUGUGCCAAGACGUUUAAUGUCAAGAGUAACAUGGUGCGACACAGCAAGUUGCAUGCCAAAAAAAUCGACGCUGAGGGUACGUCAGGAACUGCAUUGGACAACGAAGAUCUGAGAGGAUAA